CAUUUCUCUGCCUCACCGGAGAACGUCUCCUCCCUAAAUCUGUAAACUCCGUUGCUCUUCCAAAUCCAACCGCAAAUUUACAACAAAAUCAAUAAUCACCACACCCUCUCCUGGCUACUGGCAGUAAGACUGUAAUGUGGUGAUGCAACCAAGUGGGCUGGAUGGAAGACUCCCAGUUUUCGUCUUUCCCCAGUCACUCACAUUUUACGUCGCUGAUCAGACCACUCACAAGCAAAUCGUAACUUUAUACAACCCAUAUGACUUCCGCAUCUCAUACUCGGUGUUGUGUAACAACCCAUCAUGCUUCACUGUGGAUAGCCCUAAAGGAUUUGUUCGUGCAAAAUGCUCUCUAGACAUCAUUAUAACACGGAUAAACCUCUCCUUGAGUGAUGCAAGCGACAGAGACAGAUUCCGCAUCCAGAUCUCUGAAGAUGAAAAGAGACAGGUGUUAGGGAAGAAGGAUGUUCCGGCCGUGCUGCUGAGUGGCACCCCGGAACCCCGUAGUGGGAGUGACAGCGACCAGUUCGAGUCCGUCCGUGCUCCCACUCACCAUGGUGCAGUGGGAGGAGCUAUAGGCAGUCAACUUCUCCCACAACAGCGUCAGCAGCCAUUUGGAACAUAUCAAGGGAGCACUGGUCCAAGCCUGGUGUUAGUUGCUGCUGCUGUGGUUUGCCUUGUGGGGUUACUCAUGCCCACUGAGGGUGAUCAGACCCCAACAAGAAUCCCAUCGUACCUACACCUAAACUCCAACAUCAAAAUUGUCAUCGCCUAUGUCCUAGGACUUCUCACAUAUGCUCUCCUAAGAGCUGGGUAAACUGGUGCAGUUUGAAGACUUGGAAGAAAGAAGGACUCAUAUUAUGCAGUGGUUUCACUAUACCAUUAUGUCACACUCAUUGCCUUUGUGUAAGAGUCUCAAGAGAAGACCAAUGAUUAUAUUCAUGUGAUAAAGCUCCUUUCAUGUAUUCUUUUCUUUAGUCUCAUCAUGUGUGUAAUUUGUAAGGGUAGCUUAGUAAAAUUUUAUAUAUUUAUUAAGAUGGAAUCGAAAGUUAUAAGUGACUUAAAAAGUUUGUGUUUCUUUUUAACAAAUACUAUUGAUGGAAAUGUAAAUUACCUGUCUCAGUCACUUUGUGUAUAAAUGAUUGUUUUGCUCAGAUGUUUUAGAAGUAUGCAGCAUUGUCUGCAUAGUUCUGCACUUAUUUUUGUUACCCUUCACCACUAGGCAUAAUUAGUUUUAUAUCAGGGAUUCAUUGUUUUUAUAUUUGAUUACAUAUUACUGUAUGAUAAAGAGAUGAAUUAGUUACAAACAGUUUAGUAAAUGGGAAAAUGUAUUAGAUUUAAUAAUACAGUAAAUAAAUAUUCAAGUCACUGUCUUCCCGUGUUUAACUUGAGAUAUGUCAUCUCAUUUACAAAGAUAUUUACCCACUAUUGCAAGUCUUAACCACAAGAGAAUGUUGCCUAUAAAGCAUUUCCCCAUUAACUUUAACUUGUUAGAAUGUGGGUAUGAGAUAAGGUCAAAGGCUUACUUGAGUUGGUUGAGCAUUUAUUCUGGAUAUGCUCUCUUUUAUAUGCAAAUUUCACCUGUCAUUUUAUACAAAUAGUAGAACUUAAUAUUUCAGUAUGUAUACUAACAUAAAUAUUGAUCUAUGGAAAGUUGCUGGCUGUAAGAUUUAUAAAAGGUAAUUUUAAACAUUUUGGAAGAUGUAUUACAAGGGUAUAUAUGUAACACAAGUGAAAUACUUCUUUUAUUAGCUAAUGUCAUGCAAUUAGUCUUAAUAAGAUAAAUGCACAAUAAAUAUAUAUAUAUAUA